GACUGAAGUGCUGUUCUAGUGUGUAUCCUUGUUGUAGUCAGCAGACUAAACCAUGCCAGCUUUAUCAACUGGAUCUGGAGGAGACACAGGGGUCUUGUGAAACCACUUCCAUGAGCAACAUACCGGUCUGUCAUCUUGGAGCAAUGCAUUCCUCCUUUUCAGAAGUCUUCCAAAGGCAGUUAGAUCAAGCAUUGUUAGGAAUGUUGGAAUGAUCUAAAACUAAAUCUUGGUUCUAAACGAGGAACAGAGAAAUUCUGUAAUAUGACACUAGUUCUGUCACUUAGAUUUUGAUUGAUGAUUGAAGCAAGGUUUGUAUGAGCUGCUGGCUUCAUUGCCAGCCCAGCUGCAGCCACAUGUGGAUAGUCAGGAAGACCUGACCUUCCUCUGGGAUAUGUUUGGUGAAAAAAGCCUUCAUUCGCUGGUAAAGAUUCAUGAGAAAUUGAAUUACUAUGAAAAACAGAGUCCUGUGCCUAUGUUGCAUGGUGCAUCAGCCUUGGCAGAUGACCUGGCUGAGGAGCUGCAGAGCAAACCACUAAACAGUGAGAUCAGAGAACUGUUGAAACUACUGUCAAAACCCAACCUUAAGGCUUUGCUUUCUGUCCAUGACACCGUAGCUCAAAAAAACUAUGAUCCAGUAUUGCCUCCCAUGCCUGAUGAUAUUGAUGAUGAGGAAGACUCUGUGAAAAUAAUUAGACUUGUAAAAAAUAGAGAACCAUUGGGAGCUACUAUUAAAAGGGAUGAACACACUGGAGCUGUUAUUGUGGCUCGGAUAAUGCGUGGGGGAGCUGCUGACAGAAGUGGUCUUAUUCAUGUUGGUGAUGAACUUAAGGAAGUCAAUGGAAUUCCUGUAGAUGACAAAAAACCAGAAGAAAUUAUACGAAUUCUAUCUCAGUCUCAAGGAGCCAUCACAUUUAAAAUUAUACCCAGUGUCAAAGAACAAACCUCAUCUAAAGAGGGCAAGAUCUUCAUGAAAGCUCUAUUUGAUUAUGAUCCCAGUGAGGAUAAAGCUAUUCCCUGCAGAGAAGCUGGACUUCCUUUUAGAAAAGGUGAAAUUCUUCAGAUCAUGAGCCAGGAUGACGCAACCUGGUGGCAAGCCAAGCUUGAAGGUGAUACCAAUCCCAGAGCAGGCUUAAUUCCUUCAAAGCAUUUCCAGGAAAGAAGACUUGCCUUAAGAAGAUCAGAUGUGCAGGUUCAGCCCUUGAAAAUUUCAAAUAGGAAAUCAUCUGAAGAAGCAGUUGAGUGUGAGGAAGCUGAAUGUACUGGUCUCAACAGUGGAGCCCAUAUAGCUUCUUUUAGGAGGAGUUUUCGGCUAAGCAAGAAAGAUAAAAAAACAAACAAAACUAUGUAUGAAUGCAAGAAGAGUGAUCAGUAUGAUACAGCAGAUGUCCCAACCUAUGAAGAGGUAGCAAAGUACAGACGACAACCUCAUGAGAAGUACCGACUUAUUGUCUUGGUUGGUCCUGUGGGUGUAGGAGUGAAUGAACUAAAACGAAAAUUGCUAAUCAGUGAUAGUCAGCAUUAUGGUGUAACAGUCCCACACACAACAAGACCAAGAAGAAGCCAAGAAAGUGAUGGUGUUGAGUACAUUUUUAUUUCCAAGCACUUGUUUGAGACAGAUGUGCAGAAUAACAAGUUUAUUGAAUAUGGAGAAUAUAAAAACAAUUACUAUGGUACCAGCAUAGACUCGGUGAGAUCUGUUUUGGCUAAAAAUAAAGUUUGCUUAUUGGAUGUACAACCUCAUACAGUGAAACAUUUAAGGACACUAGAAUUUAAACCAUUUGUAAUUUUUAUAAAACCUCCAUCAAUACAGCGUUUGCGAGAAACAAGAAAAAAUGCCAAGAUAAUUUCAAGCAAGGAUGAAAAAAGUGCUGCCAAACCUUUUCAAGAAGAAGACUUUCAAGAAAUGAUUAGAUCUGCACAGAUUAUGGAAAGCCAGUACAGCCAUCUUUUUGACAAAGUUAUAGUAAAUGACGAUCUUACUACAGCCUACAACGAGUUGAAAACAACCUUUGACAAAUUGGAGAGAGAAGCAUUUUGGGUUCCAGUCAGUUGGGUGCAUUCAUAACUCUGAAGAAAUAAAUGUUUCAUAAUAUUUUAAUAAGGUACUUAGUUGGGUCUAAAUGGACAUUUUGUUGGUUUGGCAAACUGGUGCAUUUACAGACUUGAUGCAGUGGAAUGUUGAUUUUACUUUCCUGUGUAUAAGCCUUCUUGUUUGGAAAUAGAAUAUUGGAGAUAAAAUAUUACAUUGAAGCCUAAUUUUACCACAUCGAAUUACUGGUGUUUCUCUUUUUAAAAAAAGUAUCUUCCACUAUUAUGAUACCACAUUUUUAGCAAUAAUUUGUAUCUCCUCUGGGAAACUUUCUAUAAACCAUGACAUGAUAAAGGGUGUUCAGCUCUGAGACCAAUUUUUUUAAGUGGUCUCAGAUUUUUGGUACCAGGCCUGGUUAAGAGUUAGCACUUCAAAAAUUUAAACUGGACAAACCAAACAUUUCCUUCACUAGAAUAGAUAUUUUAAAAUUGUACUGCUUCUCGGUCUCUUGACUAAAAUCAAGUGUAGUAAAAUCGUGUUGUGUUUCUUUGUGUCUGAGAAGAUGCCUUCCACAUUCAGAUUGACGGUAUAAUAAAGGUCAAUAACUUUGGUGAGAAAACGUUCUUGAGUAAGCAAUAGUAUUCUACAUCUAAAAUAUUUAUAGAUCACGCUUUAUUAGGAGUAAAAACAGUGUAAGGCUUAAUUUAAACAUCAAGGCUUGGAUUGGCAAGAGUAAUUCUUUUGUAAGUUAUUGAGAUACCAGAGUGUGGAGUACCUUUUGGAACAGAGGCAAUUGUUUAACUGGAUUUUAUUUAACCAAGUGCUUCAUUAUUUUAAUAUAUACGUUUCUAAAACAGCAUUUGCAAAAGCAAUGAAACUAUUUUUAAAUAAAUGUAAUUAAACACUAGGGGUUAUUCUUGUUUUACACUGGUGACAUGCAGGUGACACCUCAUGUUUGUUCUCUCUAAUGAAGAAAGCAAUUUUUUGCUUUCUCUUAAUUUCCUUUUGACAAAAUAUUUAACAAAGUGUGAGUAGAUAAAAAGAAAUACAUGUUUUGUGUAGUCAUUCUAUCUUGUUGAUAGCAUGUGAUGGUGGUGCAUCACAGCUUUGGCAUGCAAACAGGAAGCCCAGAUAUUUUAUGUUAACAUAUAAAAAUGUUAGCUGUCUUAUUUGAAGGCAAAAGAAUUUAGUGAGACUAUAUAUAUUUAUGGAAAGAGGUGAAAAGGGAUAUUAAUUUUCUUGAAUUUCUUGUCAAUGUGAUCAUUUAUUAAACAGAUCUGUAGAUGUCUGUGACUUGAAACAUAGUUUUUAUAAACUCAACAUUCCAUGUAAAUAUUUUAGUUCAGAUAUAGAUAAACCACAAGGUCUUUGCCAAUGUAGUCUAAACAGAUGGUUGCUUUUUUUUUGGUUCACUGCAUUUGUUUUUAACUUGUGUAAAACAAGGGAAGUGCCAACAACCAAAAUGUCUCUUGGAAACAUUUAUAUUUGUUUGUUGCUUCCUGUAACCUGGCACUUGUACAUGCACAGUGUAUAUCUGAAUGUCUCAGGUUGUACUAAUUUUCAGAGAGUUAUCCAUCUAUUAGUCUCUUGCAGCAAAAAAGACUUAAAAUUUUAAUUUUAGUAUGAGAGCUUGUGGUUGAUAGCCUACUUCAGUUGUCCAAAAAAAUCUCACACUAAAAUAUUUAGUGUUUAAGCGCACAAGCUGGGACUUUUUCAGCUUUUACUAGUUUUGAUGGAUUAAACAUGGCUACACUUCAGCAUCAUUUAAUUCUGUUGGAGUCAUGAAAUGAGAAGGCUGAUGAGCUUUAUGAUUACAAUUAAUUAGGAUAGCAAAUA